AUGUCUUUCAAUUUCACAGAUGUGCCUCCGGGCAUCGACUUGAGCGAGUCUCGAACUGCAAGCAACAAUGCCAUCGGUAUCGUGCUAUUUGUUCUGUCGUUCGUCUUCGUUGGAUUGCGGCUUUAUGUUCGUCUACACAUGAAACGUGAGCCAUUGGGGUUGGACGAUUAUUUGAUGUUCUUGGGACUGGCGCUCAAUGCAGGCAACUUGGCGUGUUGCAUUGCUGGAGGCUUCUUCGGACUAGGAAAGCACAUCUGGUCGUUGGAUCCAUAUCAGAUGCGGCAAAUCACGAUCGUCGAUGAAGCAAAGUUCUACCUGGGUGUUGGCAUUAUCAACCUAUUCGGCGACAUUUGUAUAUUGGCAGUCCCAGUUUCGAGCGUGGUGAAGCUUCAGAUGGGACGCAGCCAGAAGAUUGCCAUUAGCUUCAUGUUCUUGCUCGGUAGCUUUGUAUGCUUUGCAUCUCUCUACCGCAUCAUCACUAUCACCCGUCUUGUGCAAACAAGCGAUAUCAGCUGGGCCAAAAGCGACGUCUUCAUCUGGAGUUCUGUCGAGCCCUCCAUCGGCAUCAUCAGCGGCUGCCUCCCGACCCUCCGGCCUCUACUGAUCAAGAUACUCGAUCCAUGGCGCAAACUCAUUCCCUCCGUCAAGAAGUCGUCCUCCGAUGGGUCCAGCAAAUCUUCGCGCCCUUACCCCUUGAACACGAUCGAGACCAUCUCCAAGAAGCGUACGCGCAAGAUCAACAAGAAGGACGAACUAGACAGUUUACAGUUCACACAAUUGGAGGAUGAAGUCGAAGUCAAAGCAAACGGAACCGUUGUCCGAGAGUCUGUGAAGGCGACAGGCAAAAGAGAUUGCGACAACUCAGGCAACUGGAGACCUGAUGAUGAUGAGAUGUGCUUGACUACAACCACGGUACACAGGAGUGAGAGUGAGGCUGGUUUAACAAAGGAAGAGAAUAGGUCUCUAGACAGUCUGGAGAGGGAUGGGAUUACGAUGACGAAGAGGUUCGAGUGGGAUGAGGAAAGGCAUCAUUGA